AUGACCGAGCAGGAGCUGGACCAAAUCGUCGAAAAGCAUCAGGGGUCCCUUGCAGAAGGUAAAGUUGCACCUGGCAAAGAGGAUGCCGCGAAGAAACGCAAAGGAUUUUCGCCUCAAAAAGCAACAAGAUCAGCAAUUGUUCAACACUUCCUUCCGGCCGAUGUCUCAGGUGUGGCGGUGGAGUCCGAUGUUCUGGCCGGAUCGGCGGUUUGUUUUCUUGACUAUGGCAAGCACAAAAAACACGAGCUGGAGGCGAUCGUGCGUCGGCUUGGGGGCAAGGUCUUCAUGAAUAUCGUACCUGCCGUCAAGUAUGUGUUUGGCCAGGACGUCGACAGCUACAAAAUGAAAUCCGCGGUGCGAGCUGAGAAGGCAGACAUACUGUCGAUUGACUGGCUUCUCGAAUGUGCCUCCAAGGGAGGGCGUGUGCCGUUACAGCCGAGGCACUACAUCUAUCUGGCUCCUCAGGGAAAUGGCGAAAACGCAGUUGAGCGCUUUUUCGAGCGCUCAGACGCGCGGUUUUCCCACAGAGAUGUCCGCGCCAUGUUGGAGCGGCACUUGACAUCGGACGCGGCGGACAGACUCCUAUCCCAGGUGCCCUUUGGCGAGGUCGUGGCUCCCCUCGAUGAGGCGGGCCUGCUGGACGACGAUCGGGCCAUCUUCUGGGGAUGCUGCAUGUGCUUUGUCGAUGCCAUCGAGCCAGCCACCGAUGGCCCCCCAAGCAGGGAGGCGGUACCCGGACCGUUCCUGCAUGGAGUCGCCGAGGCUGCGAGGGCGACGGCUCCAGGGUGGAGGUGGCGCCGUUGGUGGGAAUGGGAGAAGCUGAAGAUAGAGGUGAGGCUGCGCGGGAGCCAGCUGUCUUCCGCACUGGUGAAGGGCGUCACGCACCUGGUGCUCAGCAACGCUACGUCUAGCGACAAGCCGGCAGAUGCGAGGGAGCUGCUGCAGGUCCUUGCAAACUCAGGGGCCUGCAAGGAGACGCUGUCCUGGCUGAAGCGACAGUUGCUGCGAGGAGAGGUCAUGCUGGUUUCGCGCAGGUGGAUUGAAGACUGCAUUUCUGGAGAGGGCAGCCUGGACGCCAGGAGCUGCAGGAUUCCUUCAGACGGCUACCGCGCUGUGUUUGCCCCAGCUGACGUGGGAGAUUGGCCCUGGAGUGAUUUCGGCGUCGUUGAAGCACUUCCCGUCCCCGGCAAAGCCGUUGGAGGUGCUGUCGCUCAGACAGCCGACCGCAAGGGACGAGGACGGCGAAGGGGGAGGUCCAAAGCCGCUCGCCAAGUUGUGAGGAGAAGAACGGCAGGCGUGCGGACAAGGGGCCGAGCAAGGCGGGGUGGGAUUACAACGAUUGAGGAGGGCGGCGAUGCAGAGCACGGCUUCAGUGGCGAGCCCAGCGGCGGUGGCAAUGAAGGGGCGCAUGAAGGGACUUCUGAUCAGUGUGCGCCUGCCAUGCAUGAAGAGGCGAACUCCCAGCCAUCAGACAGCAGCGGCCCGACAAGGGCGAACAGCGAUGGGAGGGGCCUGCGCGCAGAAUGCCCAGGGAGACUGAGGAGGCGCACGCACAAGCCAGAUGCCGACGAAAUGGAGUCCCAUGCAGCUGGCGGCAGCAUUGAGGACUUUGAAACGUCAGACGACAAGAAUCCCAGCGACCCCGAUUUCAGUCCAUCGUUGGAGGACACGCCAGUGGGUAGCAAGCGCAAGCGCCGAACGUCCUCAAGGGUGAUCGACGAGACCGAAGAGGAGGAUUCCGAGGACUCAGGGUUGCCAGCUCAGCAGCGCCCACCUGGUGCGAUGGCAAGUUUGCUUGAGGAGAGCACCCAGCCACUGCCAUGGGAACCCCGCCAGGACACGCACAGCACAGCUACUGCCAGCCGAUCUGCUGCACCGCGAAGUGGCAUCAGUGCUGCGCUGGAUGCAGUCACGGACAGCGAUGCAUCCCCAGGACCAGGCUCACCUCACGAAGCGCCCACCAUUGACGGUACACAUAAAGGGUCUCAGCCCACUGGUUCUGCAACAGGUGCUCUAUCUUCAGAUCAUCAGCAGAUUUUUGGUGGCCGUGAGCCACAAACGAAGACAGGCGAACAGGAGGAGGGUGGCUCUGGAUACCAACGGCUCACUGCUCUUCUAGCACAGCAUGGGCCCUUGCUUGUUCCCAGCAGGGACUCAGGGACCAGGCAUGGAGACCCCACAGUGCCAACCAAGUCCACGGCAGCUCCUAUGGAGGUCAAAGCUGAGGAACACACUGUUUGUGACUUGGGGGCCACAAAGGGCAAUGAGGAAAAGGAAUCCCAAAAGAACAACAAAAAAACUAGUUUGUUUGGAGAAAGAGUAAGAGCACUGCUUGGUGACACAUAA